AAAAUUGCGAAUAAUUUAUUUGUAGAAACAAAUGACGGGGAUUUUGUUGUGAAGUUUCAAGGAAGAAAUGUGAGUCUUAUAAGCCUGAUUGAGCGUCAUCGUAAUCUUAAUAUCACGCCGUUUCAGAUUGAGGUCUUCCUUGAAAAUGUGAACAACCACAAGCACUUAGGGACACACUCGUGUGAAGGCAGGUGUUACGUAGAAGAAAGAAGCCAUUCCAAAACUUGUUAUUGUGAUCUGCCUUGUGUUUCGUGGGGUGAUUGCUGUUUGGAUUUUCACUUGAGGUAAAUAUCACACUGUUUGUUUGUUUUUUGUUUUUUUUGUUUGUUGAUGCCACGAGCUUUGGGUCGCAGUUUCGCAAAUCAAUAUUUAAACGUUACAAAACACACAAGGUUCACGCGUCAACACUAAUACUUUUUGCAUCGUUAUAUUUUUUACCAUCCCCACAAACACAAAGCCGACUGAAACGCCAAUGCGCAAAUUCGUGUCAUGCCUGAACGUUUUUGGAGACCUUCUUUCCUACACGUCUGCACUAAAGCAACACCGAACCUUUCAUGUUUCAAAGGGUUAUUCGUCAACUACCACACUAAUAUCACAUUGCGUUAAGGUGGGCUCCGUUAACUUUAUUCUUUUGCAUUUGCAGGUGUGGUACAUUUAGAAACGCGCGAAUUGAUUCAUCAUUUCGAAAUAUGACAUGCGAGGACUUGAGUACUUCUUCAUGGACAGCUGGAGUUAUAAUGAAAUCUUCUUGCAGUUUACAGCCAAAAAGUCAAGACACGAACGAGUGCCAAUCCAUUCGAGAUCUGAAUAUGACACUGGAUAAAGAAUUGCCUGUGUUUGACAGGAACAAUAAUGUAACAUACCGUAGCAUUGCUUGUGCGAAGUGCAACAACGCAGGAAACCUUUCGUUCUGGGGUCUAGAAAUAGCGAAUUGCCGGAGUCAGAGUUUAGAGUCGCUUCAAGCCAAUGUUACAGCGAUCAAAAGGUUUCUGAAAGAAAAUGACCAGUGUUCGUGGCGAUAUGUACCGCUUUCAAACCUUAAACAACCUUACAAGAGAUGUAUUCCACAGGACAUGGUUUGUGCUUCUCAUCAAUUACCAGUCAUGUCUGUAAUCAGGAAGUUAUGUUCCUCUUAUUCUAUGCCGAUCAUAAUAGCUGGUUUAGAUACACGUCUAUCUUUCCGAAACCCUCACUGUGCACUCUGCCAACCAAAUGAACGAAAAAAUGGGGAUGCAAGUAUUGCGGAAGCCAGCCUAUCUUUCGGUGUUUUGGUACCACCCCUAUCGAUCUUAUUUGAUGUGAGUUCGAGCGUUCUAGAUGAGAAGGUGAUACAAAAAGCUCAACCGUCCUCAGCGAAUUAUGAAGAUAAUCUGACGUCAUCAUUUAACUGCAGCUCAAGUGAGGCUAAUUGUACAGUUAUCUAUGGCAGUGAAGUAUGUACCCUUUUGACGCCACCAAUAAAUCGUACAAUACCGAUACCUUUGAACUCCAGUCGGGUGACAGUGCUUACGUCACAGAUGUUACAAAAUCAAGAGAAAGAAAUAAGACUAAACGGAAGUGUGUUUUAUCUUGUGUGUCCAGAUAACCAGAACCCCAAAGAAUUGGAGCGGGAAGCCUCUACGACCCUUGGGCAAAUAACAUUUGCUGGCACAAUAGUCUCGAUUGUCUCGAACUGUUUUUUGCUCGUUGUUUACCUGUCUUUCAAACAACUGCGUAACUUGCCUGGAAAAUGUCUCAUUAGCCUCCUAUCGGCAAUGCUGUGCAACCACAUUAUUUUUCUUUGUGCUGCUAAGUUCCAACAAGAUGAGCUUUACUGCAAAGCAAUCGCGAUCUGCCUACAUUUCUUUGUUCUGGCUUCCUUUUGGUGGAUGAGUGUCAUGGCGUUUGAUACAGCAAAUGCGUUUAACGUUUAUGGUUAGUAUAUAUAAUCACAGCUUUCAAUGAAUUACUUUUAAAAGAUACUUUAAAAUUUAUGUAACACAACAAACACGCAGGUGUGAGGAGCUCCAAGCAUUCGUCUUGUUCUUGAAUUAUUUUGUUCCUACACCCGCGAGUUGAUAAAAGUGAAGCUAUCUGUAUUUGUAUAAAUCGUGAUUCUAAAACAUCUGCUCGUAGAAGAUUAAUCCAAAAUUUCUUCCAAACUCCAAAGCGAAAAACCUUUGAGAAAAUUUGACAAGCAGAUCGACAAGGAGUAGGUGUAGGAGUAGUGGGACAUUAUGUUGGUGGUGCAGGUGAUGAUGUUGAUGAUGAUAAUGGUGAUAGUGAUGAUAGUUUUGAUAGUGAUGGGCCUUUUUUUGCAUUAGUUGAUCACGUGAUCAACACGUGAUCAACUUUUGGUAAAAACGGAAACAGUUCGCUUUUGUAAAUUUUUUUAGCACGAGCUGAGAGAACAUAUUAAAAUUAAUUAACCUGUACAUUUUCAGCCGUAUAUCUCAAAAGUAGCGAUUGUAACGGCCGCCGAAAGUUAGAAGGAUUUGUAAGAGACGAAAAACUUGCCAUCCAGUCACGCUUGAAUGAUUUUCCAUACAAAUCCUCGUAAAUUUUGAAGUUUUCAUAUUGUCGUGAAAUAUUUCGUUGAGCAUUAUGGGACUCAAAUCUCCUUUUAAUUCAUAACAGGCACUUCGACCCCUUAAACGCGAAAAGAAAGUUUAACGACAGUUUAAAAAUUCCAAAAUUUACAAGGAGACAAUGAGAGUAAGAAAGAUUAUGAUGAUGAUGAUGACAAUUUUUUAAAAUAUAUUCUAAAUUUUUUUAAUAUAUUUUAUUUUGUGCAGUACGUGACACAAGGAGGCAAGCUUCUGACAUCAGAAAGACUUUCAUCAAAUAUUGUAUUGUUGGCUGGGCAUUUCCUGGAAUCAUUGUGACUGUGUUCGCUGUGCUGGACUCCACUGAAACCUUCCACGUUGGAUAUGGUAUGAAAACAUUACAGUUAUUAAGACUAUGGCGAAUAACGUCUCAAUCCUCUAUUAAACACCCCACUUCAUCUCAAAGAAGCACUCCUUAUCAGAGCAGGGGCGGAUCUAGGGGGAGGGUGCAGGGGGUGCGCCCCCCCCGAGAUGACCUGCGGUUUUCUAAUACAACUGGUAUUCUGCAAAAAAAAACUAUGUGGUUUAUUGGUGAUGAAGUAGAGCAAGAGACAAGUGCACCCCCUCCUGCUUUCUCUCUUCUCCCUGGUGACGGCAAAGAUGAGCAGCCUAAAUCAACAGGGUUUUCAAAUUGCACAGCUUGUAACAUGUCUUUCGUUUUUUUCUAUUUAUUUUUUGCUUUUUCAGGAAAUUCUUUGUUUUGUUGGAUCUCGGAUUCAACGGCUAAAGCUGUUGCCGUGGUAACGCCAGUCUGCCUCGCGUUGGCCUUUAAUGCAGUGUGCCUGACGAAAAGUUUGUACGGUAUCCAUCGCCUGAAAAAAGUAUGUCACUCGCACAAUCUACAGGCAAUAUUAUAAAGAACAUUUUUCAAUUGUCGUGUAAUCUAUCGUAAGUCAGUCAUAAGGUUCUUAAAACAGUUUUUCGGAUCAUUUCUUCUUUCUUUUCCAGGAUGCCGGAAUAGCAGCAGCUAACACGUCCAGCCGUGUUUCGCUACCAAUCAUCUGCAUCAAACUAACAGUUAUCAUGGGAUUGAGUUGGAUUCUGGAAUUAAUCGUCUCCAGUUGGCAACAAGCCGAAUUUUUGAAAUAUCCUUCUAAUCUGUUGAACAGUAUGCAAGGUAGGUUCCAUCGAUUAUAGUUUAAAGUAAAGCGAUAUCGACAAGAAAUGAUCACAUAAUUGAACUUCUAUUACUUUCUUGCAGGAUUUUUCAUUAUGUUGUGUUUUACCACUACAAAAAAAGUACUAGGGCUUCUCAAAGAAAAAAUUCGCAAAAGACGUAAUCCCAGGCGAAAUCAAAUUGAGCUGCAAACAAGCAUGACUCGG